CCUACUACAACUACAUUGAGUGACUCCACCAGACCUAUGGACUUUCUGUCUUAUUAUGUGGACUCAGAAGAUGAAAUGCCUUCGAAUGAUGAAAAUGAGGAUGCAUUUCCCAGCCCAACAAAUUGUUGUGGUAUUCUUUUUGGCUUGACAAAUAAACAAAUUGUCUUGGAAUUCCUUCAGCAGCUUGGUCAAUACCCUUGUUUGUAUAAGUUUAAGAAGAGCCAAAACGUACCCAUGAAGUCUGGGCAAUUCCAGGAAAGCAUUACAAGACUACGCACUCACAUCAAUGGCAAGUUCAACAUCGACAUGAGUGAUGUGGAGACCCGCUUAAGCAUACAACGUAUAAAGCAUUGGUAUUGUCGCACACUGCAGGCCAUAGAACACAGCAAAGAAUGUAGCAAACCCUAUAAACACUCGUUUCCGGUUUACUUUGAAAUGUUGAAUAGCUAUAUGUCAGCCGAUGUAAGUUAUACUCGGGAUCUGCUUUUCGGACGUAGUGUUCAAAACAAAGACUCUAAUGAGCUCACCCGCUAUCCAAGAUGGAUGUUAUGCAAAAAAGGGACGAAGAGUAGACGUGGCAAACCAAUUGGCCGCAAAAGACUAAUACCCAAGGAGACCAACAAGGAAAGGCUACCUCCUCAGGAUGACAGUGUUGUAUUACCUCUUCAAGAAAAGUUUUUGGUAUACGAUGAAAUCGCUUCAUCUACCGAAACGGAAGAAGAAACUGUAAGCGAAACGUAUAAUGGCAUCGCUGUGCAUCCUGAACCCAUUAUCUGUGAUAUUUGUUUUGUUGAUUUUCGCCAUCGCCUUGAUUUGAAACGUCACCGCGUACGACAUUUUCCGCCCAAACACCCCUGCCUAAUCUGUCGUCGAAUGCACUUUACACGUCCCAUGGCCAACAAGUGCCAGCAUAAUGAUGACUCAGCAGAACUCCAUACAGCGGAGGACAAUCAAUUGGAACUCAACCACCAUAUAUGGGUAUGUGAAAUUUGCGGUUCCACAUACAAGACCAUGGGUAAUCUAAACUAUCACAAAAGAAACAAACAUUCCAGUCAACGCCUCAAAUGUGGCAUAUGUGGAUAUGGCACCAUCAGAACGGAUAAUCUAUUGCGGCAUCAACAAAAAUUCCAUACCGUAGAAUUUGGCACCUGUGACGAGAUUGCGAAAAGAUCACGGGCACGCCCCAAGAUACCAUUUUCAAUAGAAGCUCGUCGCGAGUAUUUGUGGAUACAGAAAAUGAAGGCCAAACUAAACCCCGGAAUUCGCUUUUACGGUUGUUUCAGAUGUAACAAAAUCUUUAAAUCUCGCCAAGAAAAACGUGCACACAACAGAAAAGAACAUCCCAUAACAGAGAACACGGUGGUAUGUUUGCUCUGCCAGCACGAUAAUGUUCUCUUUGCCAAUACAACCAAUUUGCGGCGUCACUAUAUCGAUAUACACAACGUGGCAAUCGAGGAUGUAGAAUCCCUACUAAAACAUGCCAAGCCAUUAUUGAAAAUUCUAAGUCCAGAUGAAGUGGAUUACCUGCAAUCGUCAGAAAAUCAUAAUCAAGCAUUAGAACAGAUUCUAAGCAAAAAACCCCAUAUGGCUGCACGUGAAUGUAUAUCUGAUACGAAAUUAAUGUACCACCAACAGGUCUCCCAAGCAGCCCUUACUUCUUUCGAUGACGAUGAUGAUGAUUCGAAUGAUGACCUGUAUGAGUCAACGCUUUGGGAAGAAGUUGAUCAGGGUUAUGAUGAAUUGUAUGCAGUCAAAGAAUCACAAGCAGUGCCAGAGCUGCAUGAAAUGGAACAUCAUGUAAAGGACGAAUUACCGGAGGAUAUGGCCAGGGGCAUAUGCAUAGUGCAGGAACAUUACGCCAAUUAUUAUCUUGAAGCAGAUGCGGAACAAAAUUUAGAUGCAGACCAAGAUGAUCAUUUAAAAUGUGACGAUCAAGUCAAAACUGAAAAUUUUUCAGACCUCAUUAUUGAAGAAAUUCCAGAAGAAAACUUUGUUAGCAACGAAGAACUGGAGCAGUACUUUAAUGAAUAAGUAGUAUUCCUCCUGACAACGUGUAAUAAUAAUUAUUUUUCCAAUUUCAAAAAAGAAAAAUUAAUUGAAAUAAUUUUAAGUCUUCCACUUAAAAAAGAGA